UCCGCGCUGCGCACGUUUCUCUCUCUUUUGGUCUUUACAUUCGAAGGCAAAACCAUGCCGUUGUUCAAAGAUCUUUUGCAUCCCUCUGUGGAAGAAGAAAAACGGAAGCACAAACUCAAGCGUCUUGUGCAAAGUCCAAACAGCUACUUCAUGGAUGUCAAAUGUCCAGGUUGCUACAAGAUCACAACUGUGUUCAGCCAUGCUCAGACAGUUGUUCUGUGUGUGUCCUGUUCCAUGGUGCUGUGCCAACCCACAGGAGGGCGGGCGAGACUAACAGAAGGUUGCUCCUUCAGGAGGAAACAAAAUUAAAUCCCUCUUUAAAGAAUGUCACACAAUUUAAGCAAAAAUGACUUUAAAUCAACACUGAUUGCUGUGUUAAUUUUUUUUUAUUUGUGUAAUAAGCAGAUGGAAAUUCUCUUGUUGGAGCUUCGUAUUUUCAGAAGUAAUGUAGGUGUUAAGACCAAAGGAACUGUUUGUUGGUAGACUUUUAAGCAGAGAGAAGAGCAUAGAAAGGUUUUUCGUGUAUUUACUGGUAAAAACAGUGGUGUCGUUACUCAGACAUACAUCCAAGUAUGAUCUUGCCACUGACAUUGCCUCUGUAAAUAAUAAAGUCAGUGUUGAUUUA